CUUUCAUGCAAACUUUUGACGUUUACAAAAUUAGGUUAUAUACUUGUCAAUUUGUGCAAUAUUUCGUAAAUUCGGAAUUAAAUUUACGCAAAAUGGACAAAGCACAAGAUGCCAUUACAAAUUAUUUAAAAGUGAUUCUAGGAAAUGACGUGGAAAUGGAUAUUAUUAGUUAUAUAAAUUCCAUGGAAAACGAAGAAGAUUAUGAAGAAUUUAUGGAGAGUAUAGUAGACAAAAGCAAAAGUGCGCAUGUUCAUUCAUUUAAUGGAAUAAGGGAUAUUAUUUUCAAAAAGUCGAAAGCCAAAGUUAACAAUAUCACUGCUCCUCAAAAGCAACAAAAUCCUCCACAAAAGAAAGAUAAGAAAAAAUUUACCAACAUUAAUUCCUUCGAAGAAAAAAAGAAAAAGAAAUCAGGUAGAAAUGCUUGUGACUGUAUGGGUCAAGAACAUGAAUUCAUGAAUAAUUGUUUACAUUGUGGAAGGAUCCAUUGUAUGGAAGAGGGUCCUGGACCAUGUUUAUUCUGUGGAAAUACUGUAACAGUAAGAGGAGGUGAGCAUUUUGAUGCUUUGAGUAGAAAAAACGUUAAACAUAGAGAAAAUAAGGUUUUUGAUGAUGAUAAUGAUUACUUUAAAAUUAACAAGAAAAAAACUGGGAAUGAAGAUAAUAGAAGAAUGGUUAUUGCAUUGGACUUUGCAACCAGAAAGGUAAUAGAAGGAAGCCAAGAAGAUGCUAAAAUAAGGGAAAGGUUGCUAAAACAGUCAAUGGAUCAUAUGGAAAAGGUAGACAAGGUUUAUAAGGCUCUACAAGAAGUUUCAGAAUCAACAACUCACCACAAAAUUAAAAAAUCAAAAGUUAAUGAUGAAUUGAUUGACCUCUUAAUUCAAAUGAGACACAAAAAACCAGUGGGGAUCGAAAAUUUAGGGGUAGAAGAUAACGUAAUGCCAAUAAUUGACUAUGGCACCAGAGUAUUUGAUGAGGAUUUAUUAACCACCAUGGAUCAUGGACUGUGCCUUAGCAUGCAUCAACCGUAUGCAAGCCUAUUGAUUGCAGGAGUAAAACAACACGAGGGAAGAACUUGGCCCACAACUCACAGAGGGCGCCUCUGGAUAGCUGCAGCUGCAAAACCACCUGAGGAGGAUGAAAUGGCUGCUUUGGAGUCUUUCUAUCGUGAAUAUUACCAAGAUACCAAACUUAAAUUUCCUAAAGACUAUCCGACAAGUUGCUUGCUGGGCUCAGUUUUUGUCGAGGACUGUAUGGAACAGGACGCGUAUAAAAAAAAGUACCCCAAUGGAGAAAGUAACAGUCCUUUUGUCUUGAUUUGUACAAAUCCGAUAAUUUUACCAAUAUUUUAUCCCAUUGCAGGACAACAUAAAAUCUAUGCUUUGGACAAAGAACUGCACAAAUGCGCCAAGCUUGCUUUACAACACGCUAAAUAUGUUAUGUAAG